AAGCAAAAUGUUUCUUUCUUUUUUUUUUUUUGCAGGGCCGCUGUUCAAGAGAGAACUGCAAGUAUCUUCACCCUCCAACCCAUUUGAAAACUCAGCUAGAAAUUAACGGGAGGAACAAUUUGAUCCAACAGAAAACUGCAGCCGCUAUGCUCGCCCAACAGAUGCAAUUUAUGUUUCCAGGAACCCCGCUCCAUCCUGUGCCCACUUUUCCUGUAGGCCCUGCCAUCGGAACAAACACGGCGAUUAGCUUUGCUCCUUACUUAGCACCUGUAACCCCUGGAGUUGGGUUAGUCCCAACUGAAAUUCUACCCACCACACCUGUCAUUGUUCCUGGAAGCCCACCUGUUACUGUCCCGGGCAACACUGCAACUCAGAAACUUCUCAGGACGGACAAACUGGAGGUCUGCAGGGAGUUCCAGCGGGGCAACUGCGCCCGUGGCGAGACCGACUGCCGCUUUGCGCACCCAGCCGACAGCACCAUGAUCGACACCAACGACAACACCGUAACCGUUUGUAUGGAUUACAUAAAGGGGCGUUGCAUGAGGGAGAAAUGCAAAUAUUUUCACCCUCCUGCACACUUGCAGGCCAAAAUCAAAGCCGCGCAGCACCAAGCCAACCAAGCCGCGGUGGCCGCCCAGGCGGCUGCAGCGGCCACAGUCAUGACUCAGUCGACUGCCAAAGCAAUGAAGCGACCUCUCGAAGCAUCUGUAGACCUGGCCUUUCCUCCUGGUGCUCUUCAUCCUUUACCAAAGAGACAAGCACUUGAAAAAAGCAACAGUGCCAGCACGGUCUUUAACCCCAGUGUCCUGCACUACCAGCAAGCGCUGACUAGCACACAGCUUCAGCAGCACACGGCGUUCAUCCCGACAGGUUCAGUUUUGUGCAUGACACCCGCUACCAGUAUUGUACCCAUGAUGCACAGCGCUACGUCAGCCACUGUCUCUGCAGCAACAACUCCUGCAACAAGUGUCCCCUUCGCAGCAACAGCCACAGCCAAUCAGAUAAUUCUGAAAUAAUCAGCAGAAAUGGAAUGGAAUGCCAGGAUUCUGCAUUGAGAAUAACUAAACAUUGUUACUGUACAUACUAUCCUGUUUCCUGCUCAAUAGAAUUGCCACAAACUGCAUGCUAAAUAAAGAUUUAGUCUGGACAGACCACAACUCUUAAGAAGUUAGUGCUGCUAUAUCAUCUAUGAGUAUUAAAUAUGGUAUGCUUAGUAUAUUCCAACCUAAGAUAGUUAAUUACCUGAGACCAGCUGUGAUGUUUAAAGACAUUUAAAAAACAAAAUUAAAAAGGCUAAAGUUUACUUUCAAAGGGUUACUAAACAUAGUUUCUGUCCUAGGAAUAUUGUCUUAUCUCCAUAACUAUAGCAGAUGCAGAGAGUCCAAACGAUGUAAGCAUUUCGACUCAGAAUACUUCAAAGUUAGCAAUAAACAGUUAGCAUUAGUUGAACAAACAAGCAAAGGAAACCGAUUCCGAGGGCAGGUUCCAUUCCAACUUCAGUUACAGUCAUUGCACUUGCCCGCAGGAUCCAAGGGUACGCUUCACUUCUCCCGCCACAUGCAUGCCGCAAAGAAGAGAAGUGAAGUAAAACCAGCACCUGCCCUGCAGGUCUAAAAUUUGAAUGGGAAUUCAAGCACAAGUACUGGGGACGCCUGAGUGUGUGGUGCGUGCUUUUGCCAGGAGAUGCCGCAUGAUGAGGGAUUCUAGAAAUAACACUCACUAGAUUGAGGAAAACAAAACAGAAACCAAGAAACACUUUGCACGGUAUGAGCUUCAUACCCCUCCCCUACUACCCACCCACCCACCCAACAAAGUCUUGAAGGUAUUAUUUUACAAGUAUAUUUUUAAAGUUGUUUUAUAAGAGAGACUUUGUAGAAGUGCCUAGAUUUUGCCAGACUUCAUCCAGUUUGACCGGAAAGAAAGGCCCAUGCCAAUAGUCUAAUCAAUAGGAUGGGUUUUUCCAAUUCACCAUCCAAAUUGCCUGUUACUGAAUUAACUCUUCGGAAUUUAAAAGCCUAGUCCAACGAGAAAGCUGUAGGUGAGGAGAUCUGUAUAAUAUUCUCAUUUAAGUAAGUUUGAGUUUAGUCACUACAAAUCUGACUGUGACUUUAAUCUAAAUUACUAUGUAAACAAAAAGGUAGAUAGUUUCACUUAAAAAAAAAAAAAUUAUUGUUUUGCAUUUCCAAAGUUGGAUUAAAGGGUUGUAACUGACUACAGCAUGGGAAAAAAAUAUAUAGUUCUUUUAAUUCUUUCACAUGAAAGCAUAUUUUAUGUCUCAAACGUAUAAAAAAAACUUUAAUACAAGUACAUACAUAUUAUAUAUACACAAACAUAUAUACUAUAUAUGGAUGAAACAUAUUUUAAUGUUGUUUACUUUUUUAAAUACUUGGUUGUUCUUCAAGGUAAUAGCGAUUCAAUUAAAUUUUGUUCAGAAAGUUUGUUUUAAAGUUUAUUUUAAGCACUAUUGUACCAAAUAUUUCAUAUUUCACAUUUUCUAUGUUGCACAUAGCCUAUACAGUACCUGCAUAGUUUUUAAAUUAUUGUUUAAAAGAAACAAAACUGUUAUAAAUGAAUAUUAUGUGUAAUUGUUUUAAACAUCCAUUUUCUUUGUGAACAUAUUAGUGACUGAAGUAUUUUGACUUUUGAGAUUGAAUGUAAAAUAUUUUAAAUUCUGGCAUCAUUGCCUGUUUGAAAAACUAGAUGCACCAACCAUAUAUAUCGUUUUUAUUUGAGAAAAAAAGAAAUCCAUUUUAAUUCAUGUUGGUCAGGGUCUAAUGACUGUUUAUCUUAUAUUGUAGACUUGAUAACCCUAUAACACACACACACACACACACACACACACACACACACACACACACACACACAUUCUAAGUGUAAUCUCACAUAGCGCUUGUACCCUUACAUUUGUUUUUUUAAUUGUGGAAAAGUAUUGUAUCUAACUUGUAUUUCUUUGGUAGUUUCAUCUUUAUGUAUUAUUGAUAUUUGUAAUUUUCUCAGCUGUAACAAUGUAGUUAUGCUACAAUUUGCCUAAAACCUUCAUCCUUUCUUUUUUCUUUUUCUUUGUUAACUCACUUAAACUCACUGAAAACAUAGUAUACAUUACUGAAAGGUAAAUUAUGGAAUCACUAAAAUAUUUUUGUAGACUGUUGUAACAUUGUCUUUCCCCCCUUUUUUUUCUUUUGUUUCGUGAUUUUGAUUUUCGAAGUUGUUAGCACACAACUAUUUUCAACCCUGUAAAAAUGGAGCAUCAAAAGCAUUGUCUGUACCCCACAGAAAAUAGAGAAGAUUGUAUUUUUACUAUGAUAUCCAUUUUCCAGAAUUGUGAUUAUGAUAUGCAAAGAGUCAUAAAUAAAUAUACCAUUUACAAUAAGGAGGAAGCAAGGCAAAUGCAUAGAUGUACAAAUAUAUGUACAACAGAUUUUGCUUUUUAUUUAUUUAUAAUGUAAUUUUAUAGAAUAAUUCUGGGAUUUGAGAGGAUCUAAAACUAUUUUUCUGUAUAAAUAUUAUUUGCCAAAAGUUUGUUUAUAUUCAGAAGUCAGACUAUGAUGAAUAAAUCUUAAAUGCUUUGUUUAAUUAAAGAAGAAGAAAAAAUCACCAAUAUCCAAGACAUGAAGACAGCAAUUCAACAACUACUGUAGAUAAGAGACGAACACGUCACUUGUAUGGGAGUUCCAUUUCACUCUUGGUUUUCAGGAUAUAACAGCACUUCACCGAGAUAUUCUUUCCAUAUUCUUUCUACCAUACCACGGGUAACAUUUCUACUAAAUCUUUCUGUAACACUUAAAAUCUUCUCUCAUUCAUUACUUUAUAGUGUAAACAGGAGUCUAAUUCGUAUCAACUCUAUGUUUUGGUUGUAGUAUUCAGUUCAAUCACCCAAUGUACAACCAAUGAAAUAAAAGAAGCAUUUAAAAGGA